GGAAACGGAUGAUUGUUGCUGAUAAGGAUCCACGUUGCCAUCGACCUACGACCUAAUUUAUUACUUGGACCAGGAACCACAAAAAUCGCUCCUUUUUUGUUUUUUGUUGAAAAAAAAAUCUCAAUUCCUUGCAUUUCAGAUCAUUCCUUUCCGCGCCUCAAAUCGAAGCAUCGAAUCGAUUCGCGACGCGACGGGCGCUUGAUCGACCGAUCUGGAAUCGAUUCUGGCGUGAAUGCAUGCCUCUUUCAUCCUUGCUUCGCUUCGUCGUGGCGUCGUUGGCUGCGGGGGAUGGGGUCAUGGAUUUCGAGCAUCGUUAGGGCGGAAGCGGGCGCCGAAGCGGGCCUCGGGGACUUGCCGGAGAGUUGCAUCGCGGAGGUGCUGCUCCGCCUCGACGCGCAGGAGAUCUGCCGGGCGUCGGGGCUCAACCGGGCUUUCCGAGUAGCGGCGUCGGCGGACUUCGUGUGGGAGGCGAAGCUGCCGAAGAACUAUGUGUACUUGAUGGAGAUGACAACGGAUCGGACGGCCAUGGCAUGUGUUUGCAAAAAGGAGAUCUAUGAGCGGUUGUGCCGGCCGAACCCCUUCGAUGGGGGCACCAAGGAAUUUUGGCUGGAGAAGAACAGGGGUGGAAUCUGCAUGUCUAUUUCCUCAAAGGCAUUACUGAUUACAGGAAUCAAUGACAAGCGAUACUGGAAAUACCUCCCAACCGAGGAAUCUAGGUUUAACACGGUCGCAUACCUUCAGCAAACCUGGUGGUUUGAGGUGGCUGGGGAAAUAGAUUUCUUCUUCCCUGUUGGAACCUAUAGCAUGUUCUUCCAACUUCAUCUAGGUCUACCUUCGAAACGUUUUGGUCGCCGAAUUUGCAACUCUGAGCACAUCCACGGGUGGGACAAAAAACCUGUGAAAUUCCAGCUAUGGACGUCGAACGGUCAAAAAGCUCUAUCCCAGUGCUCUUUAAGUGAUCCCGGAAGUUGGAUAAACUACCAUGUAGGAGAUUUUGUGGUAGACAAAUGUGAUGUACCCACCAAGCUCAAGUUCUCAUUGACACAAAUUGAUUGCACACACACAAAAGGUGGCAUCUGUGUCGACUCUGUGUUCAUAUGUCCCAAAUGUUUUAUGUAGGAAAGAUGUUUAGCGCACACGUAAUUUUGUAGGUUGCAACAUUUCCACAAUAGAUAUGUAAGCAAUGUAUGUUGUUCAUUGUUGUCUUCUUUUUUUUUUCCAACGGGGUUGAUCAUAAAAAGAGAAGAUUUUUGCAUAUCAUGAAGCUUAGCAAAAUUCGAUUACCACC